AUGUUCGGAGCGUGCGUCUCAAUCAGUGUCAACAUGGUCAUCUGCCUUCUCUUCAUAUUCAUUUCAAUUGACUGCAUCCUGGCCGCCUCUGUCGUUCAGGAACCUCGCGAGUGGCGUGCUAUGGCAGUGAGCCUCGGCACCCUCCCUUCCGACAUCGUUCGCGUACUCCUUGUGUCCGAGACGCAAGAAGGCUCAGAGCUUGAUGAGGCAGGCUUAUAUAUCGUGGAGUGGGAGCUGGAGGUUCGCUCGAACGAGGAGACUGGGUUUCAGGAGGUGUCGGAAAAUAUUGAGAACUUGGCAAAUGCGUCUAGUCCUGUGGCCGUGCUAUUUCGAAACGUGCUCAAGGCACUGUCGGACAUUUCGUUGAGAUGGGCAAUCAUCGCAAUGAAGCCAGUUACGUACAAUGGGUCUGUGUUGAACCUGACCACUGUUCCAGGAGACCCUCCGCAUACUCCAAGUGAUGCUGGUGAAAACCUGGCAUCCGACAAUUCAGCUUCGGUGGCUGCCGUUCUCCUCUCCCUCAUGGUCAUUCCUGUUUCUGCCUCGAUCAUGCGCUUCAUCUUUGCUGACCAGCGAGUGCGGCGUGAGCUUCCUGCAGGACUUGUCCCUGCAGACGCAUCCGAGCUACAGAAAGCUCAACGGCGAACUAAGACAAAGGCGACCCGAAGCAUGCUCCAGGAGCCUUCCUAA